AUGGGCGUGCCAGCGGCCGAGCAGAAAUGCGGAGCAAGUCGUCCCUUGGCUCCGGCGUCGCUUUUCUUGUGCCCGCGCGAAGGGAACGCGACGUCGUUUGCGCAUGCCGGUGCGAAGAGUCCUGUGGGCACUUCGCCGGCAGCCGUGGAGGCGAAGACGCGAAAAAAACAGAAAGCUUUCGAACCGCAGCGCAGUCCCGCCUGCGGCGCGCGGAACGCCGCCGCCGUCUGCCAGGGGGCACCGGGUGUAAGUACGUCCACUGCCGCAGAAGGUGAGGAGGGAAGCGACGAGGAAGGUAGUAGAGACAAUCCUGCGAAACUGGAAUCCCACCGAGACACACCCACCCAACGAGAAACGAGUGAACCGAAACAAAGUGCGCCUCCCAGCGGCGCACAGCGACGAGAAAGAAGAGAAGCGGAUCGAUCGAGGGCGGACAGAGAAGAAGCGACGACUCCCGAUAAGUCAAGUGCAGGGAAAUCGGGAAAGACCGAAGCAGGAUGCCACAGCCUAGCAGGGGACCACGCUCAAGCAGACGACGACACUUGGCCGCCGCGCGCGGGCGACGAUUUCAGCCUCUUCGUCGGCGAGGUAGAGCUGCGAAAUGAACAUGCCCAGACAGGCGCAACGACCGGACUUGAGUGGCGCGCAGUCGUGGUGGAACAGGGGGAGGACAGCGCGAAAGAGAACCCGAGCGACACCUGGCAAGAUGAUAACGAGACAGCGUACCCCGAGCACCACCGGCCGUUUGGUGGCUGUACCAUCGUCGUCCGCGACCUCUGCUUCUCGCUGCCGCCGCGGCGCAGCCGGCCGAGUCACUCGGCGGUCUCGCGUCUUCUCGCGUCGCCGCUGGCCUAUGCGAGGGACGCCCUCGCUGGACUCAAGCGCUGGAUGACCGGCGACGACGCGCGCGGACAUGCGGAGCUCAGACAGAGCCAGUACCUCGCCGCCGCAGUCGACACGAUGCCCAGCGAGGACCGAGACUGUGGAUGUAGACCGAAGGUCGCCGCGAACGGCGCCGCGGAGGUCCAUUGCGCGUCGCGCAGCGGCAGCGGAGAAGCCAAGGAAGGCGCGAGCAAGGCGCGCGAGAUCGACCCUGAAGGAAUCGCGUUCAAGGCGCAGGCCGCUGGCGACUGCCCUGAGAAAGACGCCGCCCGCAGCGCGAUCUCAGAAGUCGAGGAAGAAGCAGGAAAUCUGUGCGGCAUCGGCCUCACUGGACAGGUCAUUGUCCAUCCCUUUUCCUCCGUCUUCGCAGCAGGAACGAUGACAGCCGUCAUGGGCCCUAGCGGGUGCGGCAAAACGACGCUGCUCAACAUGAUGGCCGCGCGCGCGCCGGCAGACCACUACACCGGCGACGUCUUCGUGAACGGCGAGCCUCGCGGUCGCUACUUCAACCGAGUGUCGGCGUACAUUCAGCAAGACGACAUCUUUGACGGCAACGAGACAGUUCGCGAGUGCCUGGAGUUCUCGCGCGAUUUGCGGAUGAACUUCGCAGGCAUCGCAGACUCUGAAGAGCGCCAGCAGACUGCGGAGCGAUGCGUCGAGCGAGCGCUUAGCGUCCUCGGCCUGAAAGACGUCGCCGAGAGCCGCGUGGGCAACGAGGCCGUGCGAGGCGUCUCUGGCGGACAGAAACGCAGACUGACGCUGGGACUCGGGCUGAUGAGCGACGCGCAGGUCUUCUUUUGCGAUGAGCCGACGACAGGCCUCUCCACCGCGGACGCGCUGGCGGUGAUUCGCGCGCUGCGGCGGCUGUGCGACGUUUACAGCAUGACGGUGGUCGCGGUGAUUCAUCAGCCGUCGAUGGAAGUCCUGCGUCUCUUUGACAACUUGCUGCUCUUCUCGUGCGAGGGCCGCUGUACGUACAACGGGACGGUCGCGGCAUGCCAGGAGUACUUUGAGCGGCUCGGCUACGCGUUUCCGCUGCACCAGAACCCCGCCGACUUCCUCAGCGACCUGGUCUCCCCCGCGAAGGGCGAUCCCGCGCGACUGGCGCGGCUCUUUGAGGAAAACGAGAUGCCCAGAAUCCGCCAGAAAGUCGAGGACGCCCUCCGCAGGCAGGCCGGAUGCAGGCCCCAGUUCGCAGACGCAUGCAGACUGGGCGCCCGCGCCCGAGACGCCGCCGAGGAGAGAAGUAAGACCGUCCGCCAUCCAGGGGACGGGAAGACGGUGGGGGGUUCGAGUUCGUCGGUUCACGAGAUAGGGGCUCACCUCGGCUCGUUUCCGUCGACGGCAUCUUCGUCUUCGGCCUUCUCUGCUUCUGCGGGCUCGUCUGUCACAGCGGCGCCUGUGCCGCAUCCCGUCGCGGCGCCUUUCUCCACUGGGCCGUGGACGCAGUUUGGGACGGUGGCGCGGCGGAGUGUGCGUCUGUGGCUGCGCGACCGGGGUGCGUUAGCGGCGAUUUUUGGGGACGCGGUCGUCGAGGGCGUGAUUCUGGGUCUCGUGAUGCUUCGCGUGCGGCAGACGCAGGCGCCGUAUUACCAUCUGUCGGCGCUGUUUUUGCUGGUGUACUGCGUGUGCGCCUCCGCGCUGUGGACGGUGCCUCUGCUGAUUCAGCAGAAGCCGCAGUUCAUCAUGGAGGUCUGCGACGGAUACUAUGCGCCGGUGCCCUACUUGCUCGCGUCGACGUUGGUGGCGAAUCUGUUCGUCGUUCUCUCGGACUUUGUAAUCUUUAGCAUUCUCUGGGUGCUGGUCGGGUUCGAGGGCGUCUCCUUCCCGUUCUGCUUUUUCGUCUCGCUGCUCGCCUACUUUGUAGUCGACGGCGCCUUCGCGCUUUGCUCUCUCGCCAGCACUUCCUUCGCGCAGGCCAACAGCACCAGCGCCUUCGUCUUCAUGCUUUGCACGUUCACAAACGGCUUCACCACGAAUCCGCAAAGCAUGCCCACCUGGAUCGGCUGGCUGAGCUACGUCAGUCCCUUCUUCCUCGCCUUCGAGGGUUCGACGAUCCGAGUGAUGAACGCCUAUGACUUUGGCGCGGCCGCCAGUGAGCGAGGCGGGGGCGGCGCCGGCGGCGCGCAGCUUCAGGGCGAAGCGGAGGCCGAGGCGGACCUCCGCGCGUCGGCAGCGACGCUGCACAUGGGACACGAGCCUCUCGAGUCCGCAGAGGAUCUGUACAGGCAGUAUGGCCUGGUCGGCCGCGAGUAUGGCAGCGAGAUGGCGCCGCAGACGUACAAGUGGCUCGUCGACGUGCUGCUGCUCGUCCUCAUGGCGCUGCUCUUCAAAGUCGGCGCCGCGGUGUACAUGUCUUUUUGCGUGAUUCCAGGCCGCAACACGUACGCGUUCCGACCCAGAAGAAAACGCACGCGGCACCCGAGGUCUGGAGGCGAGGGCGCAGCCGGCGAAGCAACCGCCCAAGACGAGGACGAGGACGAAGAUGACGACGAGUUCUCGCCAGGCAAGCGCCACGUGUUUCGCUCGAGAUUCCUGCAGCUCUUUGACCUCAUGCGAGCGCCCAUCAAAGCCUGUCUCUGUGUCUGUGCCGCGCGAAAGUCGCGUCACCGCAAAUCCAUUUUCUUCGCGGACUAG